AUGAAGUUUCAUGCAAAAUUCCUAAUGAUCAGCAUAGCCGCUGGGCUGAUGGCGUAUUCAUGGAGAGAUACGUUUGAGGCGGAGUCCCUUCGAGGUGCCAGGGUAUUGGUGACGGGAGCCAGCACAGGAAUCGGCGAGCAAUUGGCAUACCAGUACGCCCGCUUCGGUGCCCAAAUUGUCAUCACAGCGAGGAGAGAGCGUGUUCUGCGUGAAGUGGCAGCCAGGUGUCUAAAGCUUGGGGCACAGAAAGUGCUGUAUGUAGCAGCAGACAUGGGGCUGACCUCCGACCCUGAACGAGUGGUGAAGUUCGCUGUGGACAAGCUAGGGGGACUGGACUACCUUGUGCUAAAUCACAUUGGACCCAGUCCAUUCGCCAUGUGGGAUGGGGAUGUUGAGCACACCAGGUGGCUGAUGCAGGUAAACUUCCUCAGUUACAUGCAGAUGACUUCAGCUGCUUUGCCCUCUCUGGAGAAGAGCGGAGGCACCAUUGUCGUUGUUUCCUCCCUGUUGGGAAAAAUGUGCACCCCGUUUGUGGGGCCCUACUCCGCCACCAAGUUCUCGGUGAACGGCUUCUUCGGGGUGCUGCAGCAUGAACUCGCCAUGCAGAGGAAGAACGUGUCCAUCACCAUCAGUGUCCUGGGGCUGAUCGACACGCAGUCCGCUCUUGAGAAAGUCAAGGGGUACACCAAUAUGACAGCCCAUCCUGCCCACGAAGCCGCUCUCCACAUCAUCAAAGCUGGCGCCACCCACCAGGCAGAGUCCUUCUACCCCUGGUAUAUGUACAUCACCUGCCUCUUCAGGGACUGGUUCCCUUUUUUCCGGGACCUGGUAAUCAAGAACUCCUACUACUAUGAGCCAUAA